GCUCGUUCGUUCGUUCGGUCGGUCGGUCUUCUUCUUUCUGUUGGCUUUAUCAAGUUCGUCUUGGGCUAGCGGUUAGCCAACUUCUUGGCCUCCACAAUUCCACACACUGCAUUUCGCUGUCGCUUGCGGCGGCUUACUUGAUUCGCACACUUGCUAGCGUGCGCUUAUGCUUGAGUUUAACUGCCGCCCGUGGAUACGUUACUAUUUUUUUUUUUUUUUUUUCGCUGUAUUGCCUUGUGUGUUUUAUUUACGUUUACGUUUAGCUGUUCGCUUUUCAUUGCAUCGUGUGAAGCGCGCGCAUGCUUAACAACCUUUGCUUAGGCUUAGACAGUGUCAUAGACAACGAAGAAAAAGAAGGAGUAGAAGAAGAGGAGGAGGAGGUGGAGGUGGGAAAAGAAGACGGGACCAGAUUCUCAAGACCAAACCAAUUAAGAGCAAGCCGAAGCCAACUCGAAGCAUACCAAACCCCAAACAACAGCAACUGCAACAGCAACAACAAGUGCAACAACAACUGCAACAAAGAUAGCGCAGCAGGUGUUGGCAAACGGCAACGCGACCAAGUGGCAUCAUUUUGCGGUUGCCAGUUUGCCAGUGUUGCUAGGGAAACGGGAAAUUGGAAAAUCGGAAACAUGUUCUUGCAGAUGCAUCGACAACUGUUGCUGCCGCAAUUUGUGUGUCAUGCUGGUUGGGCAACCAGAACGGCAUUCGGCCUGGGCGUAUUCCUAGUAACAGUCGCAUCUGCAUCGGCUGCAUUGGGUACACCAUCAUCAUCAUCAUCACCAUCAUCAUCAUCAUCAUCAUCAUCUGCUGCUGCUGGCGGCGAGAGUACGAUGCAAAUCGAGAGAUUACAGGUGAAUUGCACGCGUGACCUGCUCGACAUGCAGUUAACAUUGAGUCGCACAUUCCGGGGAUUACUCUAUGCCAAAGACUUUCCGCUGGAGUGUCGGGCACGUGGACACGCUGAUGAUGACGCACAGAUCGCGCUGCGUGUGCCCACCUCGGGCUGCGGUGUCCGCGCCGAGCCGCUACCAGAUGGCGGCAUGGAAUACACCGUUCGCAUCAUGCUCCAGAUGGAACAGAAACUGCGCCAGAGCACCGAUAUUUUGCGCACGGUGCGCUGUCAACUGCCCGCCAAGGCGAUGGGAAUGCCACUACCCCUAAAUGGACGAGAUCGGAAUGCACGAAUGCGAGCCUUGGCUGUCGUUGCCUCAGCAUCCGCAUCCGCAUCGGCAUCCGCAUCUGGAACGGCAUCUGGGUCGGGUCAAAGGAUGGAUACGCCGCGUGUUCGCAUUUGGCUGGAAUUGGGUGGCCCCAAUGGCUCUGGAUCUGUGGAGGUGGGCGUGGCGACCACAUUAACGGUGCGCGCCAUUGUGCCUGGAACGAUUGGUGUGCGCGUCGUCGACUGUGCGGCACUCGAUGGCUUGGGCGAGUCGACGCAGCAGCUGCUCGACGCUCGCGGCUGUCCCAUUGACGAGCAGGUGAUGCCGGCGCUGCAUACCAGAUUUAAGCCGGCCGAGGAGGGCUGGUCGAAACAGCAUGAGGAAGAUCUGGUCGAGCGAACGUUUAUGGCCACAUUUCCCGCCUUCAAAUUUCCCGAUCGCGAGCGCCUGCACGUCAGCUGUGGCGUUCAGCUCUGCAAAGGGAAGUGCCCCAAUCUAAAUUGUCGCCUCGCCGAGCAGCAACUGCAGCUGAACGCCGAUCAGCACCUGGCGCGCAUCGAGGUGUUCAACUCACUGGCCGUGACAGCGCCACAAAUCGAAGUGGAUCGUCUGCGCUACGAUCGCCGCUAUAACAUGAGUAGUGUCGAUGAUUACGGUCCGAAUAUCCGGCCAUUGGCCGGCGAGGGCACACUGUGUCUGUCCAUCUCGAAGUUGGCUAUAUCUUUCUGCAUAUUGGGUUCGAUCUUUCUGAUUGCUGUGAUUGUGGCCAUCUUUUCGCUGAUUCGAACACGUCGUCGCCAGCAUGGGCGCUGUACUGGAUUGAGAUUGGGAUUGGGAUUGGCUGGCACCGCCACCAGCACAUCGAAUAGCAGCAGUCGGUUGCAUCGUGCCGAAAUAUGUACAUCAAUGUUUUCAUCUAGCAGUGAAUCGGCGCAAUCUGCGCCACGUUUCGGUGGCAAGUUUUUGAUGCCGUUGCCCUACUAUCCGACCACAUUGCCUUAUGGACGUGUCUAUUAACAUUUAAAUCUAAUUCUAAUCUAUCGAUUUAGUUUUCAUGUUUUUGGGCAUGUUUUUUUCGUACAACAAUUCUAUAUAGACUGAUGUGGCUUCAAUCUCAAAACAUUCAUAUUAUUCGUUUAACGAAUGCUCAACGAAAAUACCAAAAUAAUUUUUAACUGCACUUUUACAUUUAGUUGAAAGCGUCUUGAAAGCGUCUUAUCGUCCAAGACGCAUUUUGAUGCGCUUUCAUUGCAUACUUUUUUUUAGUAUUAAUUGGAGACAUAAAUUUAUUUUAUCUUAC